AUGGGUACUAUGCUUCACUACGCCGUCACUGGUGCAUUCAUCAGUACCGCCAUCGCCAUUGGUGUGACGUUCGUAAUCAUCUUCGACGUCAUUAGCGACAUCAACGAAUUCCAAAGGGACAUCGAAAAAGAUCUCGAUCAAUUCAAGUCUUUAGCUCGGCCAGAAUUCGAAGAGGUGGCAGCUACGUUGGCGGAGGUGGUGGUGGCGCGUAUGCAGCACGCGGGAGUGGAGGCUACGCAAGGUGGUGGUGGAGGUUGUGCAUGCGCAGCUAAAGCAUCGGGUUGCCCACGAGGACCACCAGGACCUCCUGGCCAACCUGGCCUGCCAGGAGAUGAUGGUCUGCAAGGUCUUCCUGGAAGAGCAGGAGCAGGUGGUCUUGCAGCAGAAGGAGGUCACGGUGGAGGUUGUAUCUCGUGUCCAGCCGGACCACCAGGUGAACCAGGACCGGAUGGAGCUCCCGGCCCAGCUGGACCCGCAGGAAAUCCCGGACAAGACGGAGAAAGCCUUGGAGGAGGAAUGCCAGGACCUCCCGGUCCUCCAGGAGCACCUGGAUCUGAUGGACAACCCGGCAGCCCUGGACAAGAUGGAAACCCUGGAGCACCAGGUGAGUACAUGAAAAUCGAACGAGAUCAACCUAGUCAACCAGGACCAGCGGGACCACCUGGACCGGCAGGAGCACCUGGAAUGCCAGGACAAGACGGUGGUCAUAAUGGUGCAGGAGCACCAGGACCUGCCCGGACCUCCCGCUCUCAG